AUGGCGGCUUCUGAUAAUCUCACCGACAAAACUAUCGUUUUCAGAAAACUGAAAUCGAAAUCUGAGAACAAGGUCUGCUUCGAUUGUAGUGCGAAGAAUCCGACUUGGGCAUCGGUUACAUACGGGAUCUUCCUCUGCAUCGAUUGUUCAGCUACUCAUCGGAAUCUCGGUGUUCAUAUCAGCUUCGUCAGGUCGACGAAUCUAGACUCAUGGAGCCCUGAGCAGCUGAGGACGAUGAUGUUCGGUGGAAACAACCGAGCUCAGGUGUUCUUCAAGCAGCAUGGAUGGACAGAUGGUGGCAAAAUCGAGGCCAAGUACACUUCAAGAGCUGCUGAUUUGUAUAGGCAGAUUCUUGCUAAAGAAGUUGCCAAAGCCAUUGCAGAAGAAGCUUCUACUGGUUUACCUGUAUCUCCUGUUGCACUAGAAGCAUCCAAUGGGGUUUCUUCUUAUCCUGUCAAGGAAGAGUUAUCUUCUGUGAAACAUGAAGCGACCGCUACUUCUUCGCCUAAAGCUUCUAAUAUAGUUGUGCCUAGUACGUUUAAGAAACCUCUCGGUGCUAGAAAGACUGGAAAAACCGGCGGUGGUCUCGGUGCACGGAAGCUUACUUCUAAGCCAACGGAGAAUCUGUAUGAGCAGAAACCAGAAGAAGUUGCGCCGGUGAUUCCAGCUGCGUCUUCAGUUACCAACGGAGGAAGCAAAUCAUCAGGUGGUUCUUCUUCCUUUUCGUCUCGGUUUGAGUACAAUGACGACUCGCAAUCCGAAGGACAGAGCAUUGGUGGUACACAAGUGCUUAACCAUGUCGCUCCACCAAAGUCCUCAAGCUUCUUCUCGGAUUUCGGAAUGGACAGCUCUUUCCCCAAGAAACCAAGCUCCAACUCGUCGAAAGCUAGAGUUGAAGAAUCGGAUGAAGCAAGGAAGAAGUUCACAAACGCAAAGUCCAUUUCUUCAGCUCAGUACUUUGGUGAUCAGAACAAAAACGCUGAUCUUGAAUCAAAAGCUACUCUUCAGAAGUUUGCAGGAUCUGCAUCUAUCUCAAGCGCUGAUUUUUUCGGUCACGACCAAGAUGAUUCCAAUGUUGAUAUAACUGCUAGUGAUCUCAUUAACCGACUUUCUUUCCAGGCACAACAAGAUCUCUCGUCGAUAGUGAACAUAGCAGGGGAGACGAAGAAGAAGCUUGGAACUUUAGCUUCUGGUAUCUUCAGUGAUAUUCAAGACAGAAUGCUGUAA